CUACCUGUGGCGUGAGGAGAACGCAGAGCAGCAGGCCCUGGCAGCCAAACGAGAGGACCUGGAAAAGAAACAGCAGCUCCUACGAGCGGCCACCGGCAAGGCCAUUCUGAAUGGCAUUGACAGUAUCAACAAAGUCCUUGAGCAUUUCCGUCGGAAAGGCAUCAACCAGCAUGUCAUCAAUGGUUACCACGGCAUCGUCAUGAAUAACUUUGAAUGCGAACCUGCUUUUUAUACCUGUGUGGAGGUGACUGCUGGUACCAGAUUGUUCUACCACAUUGUGGAGACUGAUGAAGUCAGUACCAAAAUAUUGAUGGAGUUCAACAAAAUGAACCUGCCCGGAGAAGUCACAUUCCUGCCCUUGAGCAAGCUGGAUGUCAGGGACACCGCCUAUCCGGAGACCAACGACGCCAUCCCCAUGAUCAGCAAACUGCGCUACAGCCCCAACUUUGACAAGGCUUUCAAGCAUGUCUUUGGGAAGACCCUGAUUUGUCGCAGCAUGGAGGUUUCCACACAGCUGGCCAGAGCUUUCACCAUGGACUGCAUAACUCUGGAGGGUGACCAGGUGAGUCAUCGUGGGGCGCUGACAGGAGGCUACUACGACACCAGAAAGUCUCGCCUGGAGCUGCAGAAAGACAUGAGGAAGGCUGAGGAGGAGUUGGGCGAACUGGAAGCUAAGCUCAAUGAGAACCUGCGCAGGAACAUUGAACGCAUCAACAAUGAGAUCGACCAACUGAUGAACCAGAUGCAGCAGAUUGAAACCCAACAGAGGAAGUUCAAGGCAUCCAGAGACAGUAUUCUGUCAGAGAUGAAGAUGCUGAAGGAGAAGAGGCAGCAGUCAGAGAAGACAUUCAUGCCCAAGCAACGCAGUCUCCAAAGUCUGGAGGCCAGUCUCCAUGCCAUGGAGUCCACCAGGGAGUCACUGAAGGCCGAACUUGGUACAGAUCUGCUCUCUCAACUCAGCCUGGAGGACCAGAGGCGUGUUGAUGACCUCAAUGAUGAGAUCCGUCAGCUCCAGCAGGACAACAGACAGUUGUUGAAUGAGAGGAUCAAGCUGGAGGGCAUUAUGACCAGAGUGGAAACAUAUCUCAACGAGAACUUACGGAAGCGUCUUGACCAAGUGGAACAGGAGCUAAAUGAGCUGCGAGAGACUGAGGGAGGCACAGUGCUCACAGCCACAACAUCUGAGCUGGACGGCAUCAACAAACGUGUCAAAGAGACCUUGGCUCGAUCAGAAGAUCUGGAUUCUCUGAUUGACAAGACAGAGGCAGAGAUCAAGGACCACAUAAAGAGCAUGGAGCGUUGGAAA